AUGAAAAUUCCUCCUGGUUACUUGAUUAAAGUGAAAGACAAAGUUUGUAAACUGAAGAGAAGUUUAUAUGGCCUUAAACAAGCUUCUCGGCAAUGCUAUGCCAAAUUCUCAUCCUCCUUAAUUAGCUUUGGUUUCAUUCAAUCAAGAGCAAAUUAUAGUCUCUUCACCAAACAAGUUGGCCUCUCUUUUAUUGCCUUACUUGCAUAUGUCGAUGAUAUAGUAGUGGCCCCUAAUUAUUCACAAGCUGUUUUAGACCUUAAGCAAUUUUUGGAUACUAAAUUUAAGAUCAAAGACCUUGGGUCACUCAAGUAUUUUUUGGGUUUGGAGAUAGCUCGUAAUCCUACUGGUAUUCAAGUCUGUCAGUGUAAAUACGCACUAGAUAUCUUGCAUGAUUCUGGUUUGCUUGGUUGUAAAUCAAGCUCCACUCCAAUGGAUUCUAACCUCAAACUCUCAAAAGAUGAAGGCAUACUUCUACAAGAUCCAACUUUGUAUAGAAGACUUAUUGGCAGACUUCUAUAUUUAACAAUUAUUCGACCUGACUUGAAUUAUUCUACUCACUUGCUCAGUCAAUUCAUGGCAGCCCCUCGGCUCCCUCACCUUCAAGCAGCAUAUAAGGUGUUGAAAUAUGCCAAAAACUCUCCAGGUCAAGGUUUGUUCUUUCCUUCUUCUUCCACUUGUCACCUCACUGCUUAUUGUGAUUCGGAUUGGGCUUCUUGCCCUGAUACCAGAAGAUCCACCACUGGUUAUUGUGUGUUUCUUGGUCAUUCUCUCAUCUCAUGGAAAUCCAAGAAGCAGACAACCAUUUCUAGAAGCUCUGCUGAAGCUAAAUACCAAUCAAUGGCAGCUGCCUCUUGUGAAAUUGUAUGGUUGAAGUAUCUCCUUGCUGAUCUCAAAGUUCCACACUUAAAGCCUGCUACCUUGUACUGUGACAACCAAGUUGCCUUGCACAUUGCAGCCAACCCCAUUUUCCACGAGCGUACUAAACAUAUUGAAUUAGAUUGUCAUCUAAUUUGUGACAAAAUACAAGAAGGAACAAUCUCUACUACAUAUGCUCCAUCCAGCUCUCAGUUGGCUGACUUGCUUACCAAAGCUCUUCCAUCUCCAUUAUUGUCUUCUUUUCUGCUCAAGAUCGAACCUCAUUCCAUUGAUCAACUGUACUAUAUAGACACUGAAGACAGUGGGGAGUUUCCUCCAAAUCCACCAUACACUCUGAUUUAA